UUUAUAAAAUAUAUUAAAAUCCAUGGAAGUUUCAAAAAUUUUUAAAAGCAAAGAUUUUUUAAAGUAAAAUAAAAGUAAAACUUAAGAAAUAUCCUAGCUGGGCUAGCAAUAAUUAUCUGAAGAUACAAAUUAAAUGAAUGUCAAAAAAAAUACGAAUUGAUAUCUGUAAAAUCGGAAAAUUUUCAAGAACAAAAUAGCAAGCGAGUUCACUUGUGUAACUGUAAGCAACAAAACAGUUAAUAAAUAAAGUGAAAAACAACAAAUUUGUAACACAUUUAUUUGGUUUACUCAAAAAACCCAACUUUCAUAUAAUAAUAAGAAGAAUAAUAAGAAAAAAAGUAUUUAAAAUCAUUAAAUCAAAAUAAAACAGAAUUUUUUCACGCAUGAAAUUCUAAAGCAUUUUUCCAACUCAAGUACUUAAUGAAAGUGCUUAAGUUACUACUAAGCUUAAGUUACCAAUAAAAAAAAAAAUUUAAAAUAUAUAAGAAAAAUAUAUAGCAAAAAGCAACAAAAAGUGUUUGAGUCAUAAAAAAAUUGUAAUUAAGUGGAGCUAAGUGAAGGAAAAUUUUAAUAAUCGCGCCCAGUGCAAAUUAAGUGAAGAAAAAUUUCAUAAAUAUAAUAAAAUUAAAUUAUCCACUGGGUCAAGCAAAAAUAAUUAUAAAAUAAUCGCAUCAUAUUGCGCUUUAGUGUUUUUAUUCAUUCAACAGCAUUCAAUUAACAGCAGCAGCAGUAAGCAGCCAAAUCAGUCAAGAUGCUUUUCGAGAAUCCCGCAUUAGCCGCCAAACUACCAUUCCCGUACAAUGUGCCACCACCGUUACAGGCGGCCGCCGCUGCAGCAGCGGUUCCAAAUCUAAGGUUUCAGACACCAAUAAAAGCCUUCACCUGCCUGACAACAGCAAGCAAUCCCAUUGAUAAUGCUGCUGCAGCUGCAGCCGCAGCCGCUGCUGGACUCAUCGAUCAACAACACCGUGACCUACACAAUGUCUUGGUCAAUGCUGCGGCUGUAAAUGGUACAUUGACCAAUACAGCAGCUGCAGUUCUAAAGAGUCAAUCAGCUCAACAGCAACAACAGAAUAGUGCUGCUCAACAGUCUGCUCAAGCACAAGCCGCAGCAGCAGCCGCACAGGCGCAACAACAGUCACAGCAGAAUACCACAAAUAACGCUUCCGCACAACAGCAACAGCAGCAACAACAACAGGCGCAACAAAACACCAUGGUAUUGUUGAAUGGUAAUGCUGGAGCAGUUGCUGGUGGUAAUAAUGGUACCGCCAAUGGUGCUGUUGUAAAGGGCAGCUCUUCUGGCAGAUCGACGCCCGUAAAUGGCAGUUCCACCACAGAUCCAGCACCAGGCAAACUUUUUGUUGGCGGUCUCAGUUGGCAAACAUCGUCGGAAAAACUAAAGGAAUACUUUGGAGUUUUCGGCACUGUCACCGAUGUGCUAAUCAUGAAGGAUCCCGUGACACAGCGUAGUCGCGGCUUUGGUUUCAUUACAUUCCAAGAGCCCUGUAGCGUUGACAAAGUCCUACAGGUGCCCAUACACACACUGGACGGCAAGAAAAUCGAUCCCAAGCAUGCCACACCCAAGAAUCGGCCACGCCAAGCUAAUAAAACAAAGAAGAUAUUCGUUGGUGGCGUCUCGCAGGACACCUCCGCUGAUGAGGUGAAAGCCUAUUUCAAUCAGUUCGGCACUGUGGAGGAGACUGUGAUGCUGAUGGAUCAGCAGACGAAACGUCAUCGCGGCUUCGGUUUUGUGACCUUCGAAAAUGAGGAUGUUGUGGAUCGUGUUUGUGAAAUACACUUUCACACUAUUAAAAACAAGAAAGUCGAAUGCAAGAAAGCACAGCCCAAGGAGGCUGUCACACCAGCUGCUGCACAGCUGUUGCAGAAACGUAUUAUGCUGAGCACAUUGGGUGUGCCUUUACCGACCGCACCGGGUCAAUUGAUUGGUACACGCGCCGGCGUCACCACAAUGAGCUCAUUGGCCAUGUUGCAAGCGCCAUCACCAUUGCAACUGCAUGCCGCUAAUGGCGCUGCAGCAGCAGCUGCACAACAGGCAGCGCUCAUCUCGCAGUCACCCUUCCAAGUACAAAACGCCGCCGCUGCGGUCGCCGCCAAUCCAGCCAGCUUUGGCAAAUUGCUUACCACAUAUCCACAGGCCUUGCACAGCGUCAGGUAUGCACCAUAUCCCAUACCGACGAGUGCUGCCGCCGCCAACGCCUUGGUACAGGCUCAGCAGCAACAUGUCGCGGCACAACAACAACAGCACGCGAAUGCUGCUGCCGCCGCUCAACAGCAACACACUGCCCAUGCUGCCGCCGCUGCUGCAGUACAGCAACACAACGCCGCCAAUCCACAAGGCGUGUCCGCUGCACAGAGCGCACACAACGCGCUCACCGUUACCGGCCCAGGUGGCGCAGCGAACGCGCACGGCGCCCAGGCGGCACAUCACCCCCUCGCCGCAGCCGCUGCCCAACAAGCAGCUUUGGUCGCCGGCAACCCAUUGAGCGCGGCCGCMGCCGCCGCCGCCGCAGCCAACCCAUAUCAGAGCUAUGCGCUUACCAAUGUGGACAUGUCCAGCUUUCAGGGCGUUGACUGGAGUCAAAUGUACGGCAUGGGCAUGUAUGUCUAAAGCGUAGCAUGCGCAUUGGAUUCAUUUAAAAAAUUUAAAAGUACGAAUUGUGCGUUUUUUGUUUUGUUUUUUCACCAAGUAAAUGGAGAGUGCAGAAGUAAAAAUAUUUUUUAUUGGAAGAAAGGAAAUAUAUUUAUAUUUAUAGCAAUAAAUCAAUGUCAUUCUCACUAAUGCAUGCGCGCUAAGCCACAAUACAUUACAUUAAGCGCACGCUGUAAAUGUGUGUGUGCGCAUUGCAACAAUUACAACAAUUUGUGAUAAAUGCAUAGUUGUUUAUGUGGUAUGCUUGAGUAAUGAAUUUGUUAAUUAAUUUAUUGAGGCGCUGACUACGACAUACAUUUUAAGUUCUCAAUAUCAUCUUGAAUUAUAUUUAAACAAAAAGAAAAGAAGAAAUAAAAACACACCACAAGUGUAUAAAAUGCUUAUUAUUACCUUUAUUAUUACAUAUGUAUGUAUGUAUAUGAAUUUAAGYUCAAGUUAUGCGCGYGCUCUGUUUGCUAGUUACUUAGCUUAAGCCAACGYAAACAUAAAGCUCAUUUGCAUGCGCAAGCGUUACAGCAAAGUGGCCAGAGUGCGCGAAAGACAUUUGUUUAGCAACAAAAAGAGAGAAUUCACGCGUUUUCUGCUGGCAAUGGAAGACACGCCAACGCAUAAAUGGCAAUAAUUCAUAAUUAUUUGAAAAGACARACUCUAGAGAGUAUAGCAGCGCUAAAUAGCUGAAAAUCUGAAAAUCUGCAGUGCUAUGYGCAUAAUAAUUAAAGCUACAAACAAUAAACAUACAUGUAUUUAGUUAUAAGUGACUCAAAGCAAUGAAUACAUGCAUAUAUACAUAUGUAUAAGGAAUUAUAAGAAACUAAGGCGAAAUUUCGAUAUGCGCGACUUCUUAGUGACUACAAAUGGCAAUUUCUUACAUUUUGCGCGCGCAUUGCCUAAAAUGCAUUUGUCAAUUUCAAAAGUAAACUCAAUGACAUAUGUAAAUUGUGUAUUUGUUAUUGUUAAACAGAUGCCGCUCUUAAGUAUUAUUAUAAAAACAAAAACUUACAAUUUUGUGUGCGCCGUUCGCAUUUGUUCUGCGCCCAAAUGGCAUAAGCGCAUGUACUCAAUAAUAUAAUAAUAAUAAUAAUAAAAAUGUUGGAAAAUUAACAUAUAUAGUAUAUUUAAUUUUAAGCAUAUAAACAGAGCAUUAAACAAAGUAGCAAAAAACAACAAAAAAGAACACAAGAAAAAAUGGUAAAAGUUUUACCUACAAAUGUUAUAUCUCAUAAGUUAUAACCGAGUUGCAGGCAAAGUGAAAAAAAAAAAUUACAAUUAAGGAAAAGCAUACAUAUAUUAAUAGUACUAAUCAUUAAACAUGACAUACACAACAUUGCAUAUAACAA